AUGGUAAUAAUCGCUAAAUAUGAAAUAGAUAACAAAGAUACGAACAGUUAUACAGACGAAGCAGAUUUUGCUGCUGGUUAUUAUGAAGCUUUAACCUUUGUCGCUAUUAUUAUAGUUAUCUCGAUAGUAUAUCAAUUUAAACAAAUUCAGCGAUACUUUUCACAUUCAAAAUUACCGAGCCUACCUGAUUUACCACAACGAAGAAAUAAAUAUGAACAAGAUAUUUAUACUCACGGAAAUAGUCAAUCUACGGUUAAUCUUGCUUCCAAGGAUAAUAUUCAUUUUUCCCCAACCGUAUAUGCUUAUAAACUAUGGAAUUACGUUAUUCAUAUCUUUGGUAUUGGUGAUAUGACGAUCGUUCCUUCAACUCUAAAUAUUCGUGCCGCUUACGUUGGUCUGGGAAAUGCCGCUUUUAUAUAUCCUUUGGCUACUAGAAACUCCGUCUUUUUGAAACUUAUUGGUGUUCCUUUUGAACGUAUGAUCAGGUUUCAUCGUUGGGUUGGAAGAACGAUCUUUUUCCUUCUUUCUUUUCAUGCUUCAUACCAACUUCAGUUGGCUGGCUCUCUUAAUUCAGUAUUUUCCAGCCCAAUUUUACUAUAUGCUGGACAAUACAUGUUUAUCAACAUUCCAAGCCUCAGCCCACCAGUAUCUCUAAUUGCAUGGCAUCCUGUAUCUUUUUCUUCAGCACCUGGAAUUGAGGAAGCAAAUAAUGAUAGUAUACAUAUGAAAAUUCAAGGUUCAUUCACACGUAGACUAUAUGCUAAAUCACAGGAAGGUGGAUAUGAUAUGGGUUUGAAAAUGAAAGUUGAUGGUCCAUACGGAAAACCAAGUCUUAACUUUGCACAGUACCGAACUGUUGUAUUGGUAUCUGGUGGUAUUGGUAUUACACCAAUGAUUAGUAUCUUACGAGAUUUAGUAGAUCGUCAAACUUCAAAAAUGCCAAUUACGACUCAGUCCAUUUAUUUCAUUUGGACAGUGCCUGAUACCAACACUUAUUCAUGUUUUGGAAACGAGCUAAAUGAGAUAACAGAAAAGUUUAAUAGAUUACCAAAAUCCAAAUAUCUACUUGAUAUUAAGGUAUUCCUUACAAGAUCGACUACAACACCAUCAUCAGUAUUUUUCCAAGGUCGACCUGACGUUUCGAUGUUGUUCCAAGAAAUAAAGCAAUAUCAUGGUUCUGGUGAUAUUGCAGUAGGAGUAUGUGGGCCAGCUUCAAUGUUAAAAGAAGUGAGAAAAGCUGCUAUAGUAGAAAGUGAUAGAACUUGUUUAAUCAAAGUUCAUUGUGAGACCUUUGAGUUAUAA